AUGGCGGUCUCGGUGUUUCCCGGCGUGCGGCUCCUCUCCAUCGGAGACGCGAAUGGAGACAUACAGCGACACUCAGAGCAGCAGCCGCUGCGGCUAGAAGUCAAGAGCACGCACGACGCUGCUCUCAUCAAUCUCUCCAAUGGAGAGGAGGCGAGUGUUUUCAAGUGUUCGGUUUCCAGGGAGACGGAGUGCAGCCGCGUGGGGAAGCAGUCAUUCAUCAUCACACUGGGAUGCAACAGCGUCCUGCUGCAGUUCUCCUCACCUGCAGACUUUCAGUCCUUUUAUAACCUGCUGAAGAACAGUCGUGGGCACGUCAAUGAGCCCUCGGUCUUCAGCGACAGAACAGAGGACUCCUCUGCUGUUCAGUACUUCCAGUUUUACGGCUACCUCUCCCAGCAACAGAACAUGAUGCAGGACUACGUUCGGACAGGCACUUACCAACGGGCUAUUCUCCAGAACCACACCGACUUCAAGGACAAGGUGGUGCUGGAUGUUGGCUGCGGCUCGGGGAUCCUCUCUUUCUUUGCCGCCCAAGCUGGAGCCAGGAAGGUCUAUGCUGUGGAGGCCAGCACCAUGGCUCAGCACGCCGAGGUGCUGGUGAACAGUAACCGUCUGGGGGAGCGCGUGGUCGUCAUACCGGGGAAGGUGGAGGAGGUGACGCUCCCCGAGCAGGUCGACAUCAUCAUCUCAGAGCCCAUGGGCUACAUGCUGUUCAAUGAGCGCAUGCUGGAGAGCUACUUGCAUGCAAAGAAGUUCCUCAAACCCAACGGUAAAAUGUUCCCCACCAUCGGUGACGUGCACCUGGCCCCCUUCACCGAUGAGCAGCUCUACAUGGAGCAGUUCACCAAGGCCAACUUCUGGUACCAGCCCUCCUUCCAUGGCGUAGACCUCUCUGCCCUGCGGGGAGCAGCAGUGGACGAGUAUUUCCGCCAGCCUAUUGUGGACACAUUUGAUAUCCGUAUUCUGAUGGCCAAGUCAGUCAAAUACACAGUCAACUUCCUGGAGGCCAAAGAAGAGGAUCUCUACAGGAUAGAGAUUCCCUUUAAAUUCCACAUGAUGCACUCCGGCCUGGUGCACGGCCUGGCUUUCUGGUUCGACGUGGCGUUCAUGGGAUCCUCGAUGACUGUGUGGCUGUCCACAGCCCCCACAGAGCCCCUCACCCACUGGUACCAGGUGCGCUGUCUGCUGCAGUCCCCCCUCUUCACCAAGGCCGGGGACACGCUGUCCGGCACAGCUAUGCUGAUGGCCAACAAGAGACAAAGCUACGACAUCAGUAUUGUCGCCCAGGUGGAUCAGACAGGAUCAAAGUCCAGCAACCUCCUGGACUUGAAGAACCCCUUUUUCAGGUACACAGGCACCACCCCCAACCCCCCUCCUGGCUCACACUACACCUCCCCGUCCGAGAACAUGUGGAACACGGGCGGGGCCUACAACAUGAAUCAGGGGAUGGCUGUAUCAGGGAUGCCUGCAGCUUAUGACCUCAGCACAGUCAUUGGCGGCGGCCCGGCGGUGUCUCACAACAACCUCAUCCCCCUUGGUACGAAUCGCACUCCCCCCGACUUCUCGACAUCUCAUGUGAACACCGGAAUUGUAAACCACACCCACUCCAGGAUGGGCUCCAUCAUGAGCACAGGAAUUGUCCAGGGAGCCACCACGGGCCAGUCGGGUCCCAGCAGCAGUGGCACUUACUAUCCCGUCACCAACCAGUUCACCAUGGGGGGCGCCGCAAUUUCCAUGGCCUCGCCGAUGGUCAUCCCCAGCAACACCAUGCAUUAUGGCAGUUAAGGCGAGGGACCUCACGGAGACCCUUAUGACCGCCCUGCCCCCGCAUGAUAAGAGACCCCCCCCCCCCCCCUCCCUGCCCCCCCAAACCCCGAACGACACACCGACCGCAGCCAAAACCAAGAUACCAAAACCAGUGCUGUGCUGGCACUGCCUCCCCAUGUUCGUCCUCCCCAUUCUGCUCUGUUCAGUCCAUCACUUCAUGAACGGUCGAACGCUCUCAUUUCCGUCCAGACUUUUGUCUUGCUGACAGACCCGCCCCCCUCGCCCCCCCUCCCCACCGCCGCGGGAUCAAUUGGGACUCGUGCACAGCUGAGAUGCACAGCCGUUUAUUUGCAAUUCGCCCUCUUCCCUCAAACAUGUAUCUCAGUCCGUUUUGUUUUUGGUGUCAUGAUGAUGACCAGCACCAGUCUGCUCUGACACUCUGUCCACACUAGAGCGCCAUUAUCAUUGACUUCAUCACUACUCGUCAUAUCUGACCCGGUCCUCGGGCCCACCUACCUUUUCCUCAAGAGACUGACUGAAACGAGGCAAACCCUCCACGCCUCCCCCCCCCCCCACUCCCCUCCCCAAGUUUUGGUUUUGGCGAAUAUAUCAGGAAACUGGCCAGAGCGCCUGGAAGAGUACAGAAAAUAAGCUCUUUUUUUCGUUUUGUGAGGUGGAGAAACUCUUGAGGUGUCGCUGCAGGAGAACGGCCCGCCGGUCACCUUCCGUGCUGAGCAAAGGGACAAAGCCAGUCGUCUUUGCUCAAACAGCAGGGCAGACAUAAUCUUCCACACUUAAAAGCAGAGCUGGCACCUCUGACAUCCUAUAAUUGAUUAAUUGAUCCAAAUAUUGAAAAGUUGAGGCACGUUUCAGCCAAUCCCGCCACGUGGUUAGCCUAGCUCAGAGGCUAGCAGCCGGCGAAAUUUCCUUCCUGGAAGGGAACACAGAGCCUUUGAGUCGAGGACUUCGCUUGUUGUUGACUUGUAGUUGUGAGAGAGUGAAGGUGACCGGUGGCGUAAAGGUGUCAUCAAAGCUGUGGCUGCCGUCGCCCGGCUGUCUUUUCCUCUGAGGGGACACAUCAGGGAGAAGAUAGUGAGGACGGAGGACCCCCAGCUGGCAGCUUGUCGGACGCCCGAUGAGGGAUGUGCCCCCCACCCUGCCCCUCGCCCUCCCUUCUCCUUCCAACCUCUAGUCCGUUCACCUCCAACAUAUCACCCCCCCCGACACCGUCGCCCCUUUUAUCAGUCAGAGAGGACUGACACACAUUGCUUCCAGUGUCACAAUUAUCGGACUUGAAAUAUUACGAGUUUAGAAAUGUUUUAAGAGAGUUGAGAGAAAAAAAGUCUCUGUAGGAUUUACCUUUUUUUGUUAUGUUCAUUUUUGUUUCCUUUUUCUUUCACAUAAAACGACAAACGAUGAAAAAAAAGAGCAAAUUAAAUGUGGUGCAAAUGUUCCAAAACCAUCCUGGAAUCAGGUGUUUAAUACUUUUUUGAUUUGUUGUAUAGCCUGCGGCCACGCGCCAGAUGUUUGCUAGCCUCUAGCAGUCGUGUCCCCUGUUUCUUUUUGUUGUCAUUGAAUUAUUUGCUCUGUGUAGUCGAAUAGCGACAGUGACUUUUUUUUAAUCAUGGAAAAGUGUGAGGAAGACUGUCCUGUUCUGUCGUUUCUGUGUUCCGGUAAUAACAUCUGUCUUGAAAUGUCCUCUUCUGCUCCGAGACACCCAGGGAGUCUUCUGUCCUCGUUACCCGUGUAGAGACACUCACUUUAGUGAGUAGAGCCUCUAUCUCUGUUGCAAAAUGGGUCGGGUUUCACACAAAAAGUCAAUGACAGCAGGCAAACGAAGGAUUAGUGGACGCGCGGCUGGUUGGGAUCAGUCUCGUGCACAGAUGAGGCCUCACGCAAUGGGUCAUUCAUUCAGAGACUCCCGGCAUUAAAUUUAAAUUGUGGCGGUGAAAAUCUCUGCUUCCGUGAAAAGAUGGCUUCAGUUUAUUUAUCUGAUCAACUUGAAUAGCCCUUAAAUAAUUCCAUGAGUCAUAAAAGUUAUACUGUUAGAUAAAUCCAGAUUGAUUGUCCUUCCUCGGGAAGGAGCUGUGAAUCACAGGAAGCUUGCCCCAAAACAGACCCUGCUUUAUGGUCAAUUUGACUCUAAAAGGGACCAUAGUUACUGAAUCAAAUCAUUCAGAUGACCUAAAACUAGAGAUGGAGACCAGACCAUGUUCACUGAAUCCAGAGAGCAUCUCAUCUAUUCACAUGGGACACAUCAUGGAACGCUAACCUGAACAGUCUGACAAUGAUUCAUCAGAAGUCAAAAGCAAAUUUGCUCCACGGCAAAAUAAUUUUACAAUGCACCAUCGUUGUAAUUUAAAACUUACAAAUAUUACGUACAGUAUUGAAAUUCGUAGAUUAGCUGCAAAUCCUCUUUAUUAAAACAAAAUGGAUGCAUAGAUCCAGACUCAGCUUUGUAAAGAUUAUAAUUACUGUUCACAUUUAUGUUCAUAAAUCCCGAACGUACAAAUACGUUUCCAAAAAGUAUGAAAAUCAAGAGUUGGCCAGGAAAUCGGUGCAUCUCCAGGUUUUGUGUAUAAAAACGAGGUUUGAAUUUGAAUAAAUAUGGCACGUUUCUUUGUUCUGGUAUUGGAACAGGACAGAAAAUAGUAUUUCUAGGAAGUCCGUCAUGGGAUGAGUUGGGUUUAUUGAGGGAUUAUGAUGAAACCAUUGGUGUCACUUUUGGUCCAUUUGAUAGAGCAUGAAGCUGGUGCCAUGGCUUUAAAAGUGUAAUAUUCCACUCGUACAGCUCGAGACAACAGACCCCUUCAUACCAACAUCCGCUAUCAGCGUCUCUAAAGGCGUCUGCAGCUUCAGCUUCCUAAAGGUGUGGUGACAUCUAGUGGGAAAGCUGCAGAUUGCAACCAGCCAAAUCGCCUCAACGCGACGGAGGACUUCAUUAAUACUGGUAACUGCUCUCUUAAAAAAACAUUGAAAAGAACAGGAUUACAAUAAUUCAGUUGUAAACAUUGGUUCUACUCUAGAAACUUCUUAGCUACAACAGUUAAGUCAUCGUACAAAGUUCUGAUCUCACUGGAAACACAAUGGUUCUCGUCAGUAGAGUAACUCCUUGUUAGGUGAAUAAGGAGCCAGACGCGUCUGCAUGUUUAGUUCUCAGAGGGAGCUGCAGAGUUAAACUGCUCUCAGUGUUCAGUGCGAACUCAAAUGCUCAGAAUACAUAUGGUCAUUACCCUUUUUUGGGGGGAUAAGAACAAAUAAAAAUGUUUAAUUACAACAA